UGGUAAAAUCCGGCUGUCUCAAUUACUCAUCUUCUUCCUCGUACGCUAGCCUUCCGAAACGCCAUUACUCUGCCUUUCCUCCAUCUGCUACCAAGCUUGUGACAACAGUCAAUGCAGAACCCAGAAAAUAAACAAGCAAAAGCAGGGGCGGAAACUGAUGGGGCCCCGUAUCAUAGACUAAAGUUAAACAAGAUCAUUGAUGCUGCAAUGAGAAAGUAUAGAAGUUUAUACACCUACAGUGCCCUCAGACCAGAUCUCAGGAAGCAGAUUGAACAAUGUGUUUGCGAGAAAUUCUCUGAUUUGCACACUCCUGAUCAUCCCACCUAUGCUCUGAUGAUAUGGAGAGCAAUUGAAGGAUUGAAUGAGGAAAAGGGCUCAACUGAGGAAGCAAUAUCAAAGUUUAUUAAGGAAGAUGUUAAGGAUUUGCCACGGGCUCAUGCAAAUUUUUUAAGGCAUCAUUUGAAUAAGCUUAGUGAGAGUGGAGAGAUUGUUAAAACUUCUGAAAAUUGUUAUAAGCUGCCUGCGGGAAACAAAAUUUCUCUGAAAAGGAAGCGCUGGCAGUUGAAUGUAGCUGAAGGUCAAGUUAAACCAAUAGAAGAACAAAAGCCUGCAGAAGAACGAAGUGAACCAGUGCCACAUGCCAAUUAUAUUGAAAAACAGAUUCAGUUACAAGAAGAACAAAUUCUAUUAAUUGAAAAGUUAAUUGAGCUACAAUGGCAAAAGAAUGAAGCUAUUGAGAAACAAAAUAAGCUGCAAACUGAAGUGAGGAGUAAGAUGAUUGGCCUUAGUGAUCUGAACCUAUCAAAGGAGCCAGAGAAUGGUGAAGCUGCUGUGAGAUCCCAGAGUUCUUAUUUUGCAGGCCGGAGAUUGGAAAAUGAUGGCUCAUCACUUCUCUCAAAGGAUAAGUUUAUAGAAUUGCUGAAGAGGACAAAGAAGAUUGAGGAACAUCUGAUGGAUAUUAUUAACUCAUCAAGUGUCAGUCAGGUGUCAAAGCAUGGCACACUAAAACCUGUGAUGGAAGAACAAGAGAAGGAAAAUCUAAUGAAGCCCGAGCACAAGCAGCAAGUUGAGUUUUCUAAUCAAAGAAGGCCUCCACGACAUGAAGUAGAAACAUCACAGAAGAAAUCCAUAAAAAAGAAAAUGCAAGUUAAAAAAUUCUGUGGUCAGCAAGAGGUGCCAGAAUGCCAGACAAAACCAACUAGAACUUCCUCUGAUGUGCUAACAAAUUCAAGGCAGCUCAAAGAGCUGCAGCAAGAGCAUCAGGAUUCAGAGAGAGGAUUAGAAUUUUGUUUAAAAGCAAUGGAAACCGAAAAUGUUGAGCAAGAGGCAUCCAUAUCAAGAACUUCUCUCAACGUGGCCUCAGGACAGCCUGGGAUGAAGCUACUGGACUUUCCUGAAGACCAUUCCGAACUUUGCAGCCACCCAAUGCCAUUGGAGUUGUUACCAAUUAUGCGUUCUCUUGAUGUACUGCCAGACUCGCAGGAGCUAGAGCAUGUAGAGCAACUAGGGCUUCCAUAUUCAGGGGGUCCCCUGUUGCUUAAAUCAUCAAGGCUGGAGCCAUCAGGUCAAAAGGAGCAGCAGCUGAAAGCUACACUUUGUGGCAAGGGAAAGGCACGUGAUUACCAGCUUGAGCAGGAGCAGCAGGAGCAGCAACCAACUCAAGGCCAAGACGCAUACCAAACUGAACUGGCAGUAGAUAAUGCCAUUAAAAAAUCGUUGCCCUCGCAGCAGCACCACAGGCUGCAACAGCUAGUGCAUAAAGAUCAAGCGAGUCCUCUAAAGUUAAGGGCAAAGGAGACAGAUAUUCGGGAAUUAUUAUCCUCACAUGAUAUGCAUUGUCAUGAGCAACAGCCACAGGAGGAGGGCCAAGGCUGGCAAAGGCCCCACAGACAGAAUGACGGUGAAGAUCAAACUGCCAUGCCAUUGUUUUCCCUAGCACAUAGGAAUCGCUGUAAGCAGCAACAGCUGGAGUAUCUAGACCAGGGGAGGCAGUUAAGUCAUCAAAGCCAAGGUGCUUCCCAACCUGAACGGGCUGUAAAUGAUACCGUGAGGGAUUCAUUGCCUUCAAAAAAUUGGAACAAUCAACAGCAGCAACUUGAGCGCAAAGGCCAAGUGAGGCCUCCAAAAUUUAAGCCAAAUUUGCAAGUUUCUUUGGGAGGAUUAUUGCUUUCAGAUGAUCAGCAUUAUCAUGGGCCUCAGCUGCCAAAGCAUCAAAGCCGAGGGAGGCCUCCUAAAUCAAAGGGAGAUAUAGAUCCUACUACUACUGCCAUAUUAGCACUGCCCACAGUGCUUCAGAACCAAGGACAGACGGAGCUUCCUGCAACCAUGUCAAAGGCAGAUGCAGAUCUGAAGGUGUCAAUACCCAUGGGUAAUCAGAAACACAAUGAAUUGCAGCAGCAACAGCCUAAGAGACAGGAUCGAGGGAGGCCUCCGAAACGAAAACAAGUUUUAGCUACAACUAUGGAAGCAUCACUACCUUCACUGCUGCAGGAGCGAUUAAAACAUACAGGACGAGGGAGGCCUCCUAAAAGGAGGUUGGAGCAGAAAUCAUGAUGAGACGGCCAUUGUCCUUGAAGAGCAAACCGAAGCUAGCGAAGCAUGGGAAGGCCUUCAAAAGUGGACUGCAGCAAUAUGUGGAUGGUGACUAUAGUUACUUAAAUGUUCUGUUUUUGUGGCACUAGCAUUAUAACAUGCAAUUUUGUUUCUAGAGUUGGUAUUUGAUGGGUGUUUUUUUUUUUUUUUUUUUUUUUUAUGUUUUUGUAGAAUCACGGACGUCAGUUUUUAUUGCUUCUGGUGAAGUUGUGCAUAAUAAAUAUCUAUCCAUUCUCUCUUUA